AUGUCUCUCUAUUUUGAUGCGGUCAAUAUUCUGACCGAGCCAGCAUCAGGUGGUUCCUUCAAAUCCCGAAUCUACAGUGCCCGGGACCUGCGCGCAAAACCGGCACAGAUCUAUGCUCUUAUCAUUGAAGCAGCGAAAUGGGACAUUGUUCUGGCAGAUGUCAUCGACCGCGCUGGUCUUCUAGACGCCGAGCGCAAGCUAUCUCCCCUCCUCGCACUCCUCCUUGUACACGACCACCUCAUCUCCAAAAAUGGCAUUGCGGCCCCAGCAGCGCAUACUAUUCGACAGGCCGUUGAGCGGCAUAAGGUCCGAUUGAGGGCGGAGUUUACGAAGGCACGGGUGCGCCGGGGAUGUGCUUCGGUUGAACAAUUCAAGGCUGCGAUCUUAAAAGAGAAGAGAGAGGCUGCUGGACCCAAUGAUUUUAUAUACCCCCGCUGGGUGCGCGUGAACAAUAUCCGUUCCUCAUUGGAGGACCAGAUGCGCACAACCUUCGCAGAUUACCGGCAUGUUGAUUCUCUAGCAGAAUUGGCACCAGAAGGAGAUGACCGCAAAUCUCAGCGUUUGCUGUAUGUCGACCCCCACAUUCCAGACCUGGUGGCCGUGCCUUAUGGAGCGGAUUUCACUUCAUCUGCCGCAUACAAGAAUGGCGAGAUCAUCUUGCAGGAUAAGGCUUCGUGCUUUCCUGCUUAUCUCCUGCUCGGUGAUCGUGGGCCUAACGAUCCAUGGCAGGGUGAUCUUGUAGAUGGAUGUGCUGCCCCAGGGAAUAAAACUACCCACCUUGCAUCUCUUCUUGCAAAGCAACAAAAGGAUAAGCGAAAGCAAAUUAUUUCUAUGGAUGCCUCUAGAAUGCGAUCCAAAACACUACAGAAAAUGGUCACCAUGGCUGGGGCGGAUCCCACUGUCACUGUGCUACAAGGCCAGGAUUUCCUAGCCCUCGAUCCAACGGAUGAACGAUUUGAAAAGGUUACGGGUCUCUUGCUGGAUCCAAGUUGUUCAGGUAGUGGAAUCAUCGGUCGCGAUGAUGUCCCCCAGCUUACACUGCCCAAAGCCGCGGCAUCCAAGGCUCCCAACCCCAAGGGCCAGGGCGGCAAGAAACGCAAACGUGUUGAUGACAAGGAUGAAGUCGAGGAGCCAAAACCGAAAGCAGCAUCCGGCGCUUUAAACACCUCUCCCUCGGAUGAGAAUGAUAUCGCCACUGACAGUGUUGACCAAGAACGUCUCACCAAGUUGUCCAAUCUUCAAGCGAGAAUUGUGGAACAUGCUUUAAGUUUCCCUACUGCAACACAUGUUACCUACAGCACCUGCUCAAUCCAUUUAAUCGAGAAUGAGGCUGUUGUGGAGCGUGUCUUAGCCUCAGAUGUCGCUAAGGAAGGCGGCUGGCGCCUUUUGCGACGAGAUGAGCAACCGAGCGGAUUGCGUAAGUGGACGCAUCGGGGUGUUCGACGAGAUCGGGAAACAGGGGAGAACGCUGAAUCGGACGCUACUCCGGCUACAGUGGAUGAUCUUUCAGACGAGGACCUGGAAGCCUGUCUUCGAUGCUGGUCUGGUGAUGCUGAAGGUCUUGGAGGCUUUUUCGUUGCUGGAUUCGUUCGUGAUCCCAAGCUUGCAUCUGCAGUUACCAAAGCCCCGGGGUCUAAGACCAAAGCGGAGUCGAAGGCUAAGAACCCUGAGUCUAAGGCACAAGCCCCCAAGUCUAAAAAGGCCAAGAAGGAGCCUGUCCAAAUAAAAAAGGAUGCGCAAAAGGUUGUGCAAGAGAAGGAGGACGAAGAAGAAGAUGACGAUGACUGGGAUGGCUUCUCGGAUUAG